CGCACUUUAUAACUGCCGCGCUGAAAGCGCGUCGCUUUUCCCCCAACUCACACUCACAAAAUUCUGGUACAAUGAAGCUCCUCGCCUUCGCCGCCCUCGCCACCCUCGCCGCCGCCGAGCUCUCGCCCUGCAUCACGCAGUGUGCGCAGAACGUCACCGCUGCCAACGCCACUGCCUGCCCCUCGAAGAACUUCGAGUCUGCCGAGUGCCUCUGCGAGUACGGCUUCACCUCGACAGUCCGCAAGUGCAUGUACACUGGGUGCAUGACUGAGGUCAAUGACUGGGUCGCCAUCUACCGCGGCGCCCAGUGCCCCGAGGGCACCUACUCCUCGAACACGAGCAACCCCCACUCGAGCGGCAACUCGUCCAUGUCCAUGGGCGCCUCUGCGAGCCAGUCGGGCAGCGCCGCUGCGUCGGGUGCCGCCGCCGCGGCCUCGUCGCCUGCCGCGUCGCCUUCGGGCACAAGUGCGGCCAUGGCCCUCGGGGUCCCUGUCAUGGGCGCUGCCAUCGCCGCCGCCGUUGUCGCCGCCCUCUAAGAAGUUAUAUUUGUAGUUCGCAGUCCAUGUAUCUGGCGCUUUAAGGUUUACAUGCGGCACCGCGCUUGAAACGGGGUAGCUUUUAGCCGUCCGGCCUUUCCAUACGGCUCCUAGAAUCGUAGUUUCAGGCCGUACUGAAAAACUGUGUGCACCAGCGUGGCUCCGUAACCCAAGUGCCUCGUCUUGUGCUCAGCUAGAAGUCAUUGACAAUCAGUGGUGGUAUCGU